UUCCUCAGAGAGGAGGGGACGCGCACCGGACGGUCCCUUUACUUCUCCACUUUAUCCAAGCCGACUAGGACCAGAGUUUUUUCCGCUCCACCUGCAAAUAGCUCUCUAGGUUAUGAACUUCUCUAAUUUGUCGGCCCGGUUGGAAAACGACGCGGACAAAUUGAUGAAUCCGUCGCGUUAAUAGACGCGUUAAUCCUAUUUCCGACAAGCAAGGACGUUGUAGCUGCCGCAGCAAUGAGCGCUCCGGAAAAUCCAGACUCCGAGUCUAAACUGGAGUCUGUGAUCCAGAAGCUGGAGGAGAGCGUUCUGUCUGAGGAGAAGAGGCUGACGGUCCGAGGCCCUUCACCAGACGCCACUCCUACAUGUCUACCAGCUCGAGUCCGGGAAAUCGUCACAAAGAACCUCAACGAUAGCUCAGCAGGAGCCAUGUCCUCCGUCAUGUCCCUCCAGGAGGAGAACCGGGUGCUGCAGGGAGAGCUGGGGAGGCUGGAGGACCUGCUGGCCCACAGCAGAGCCGAUCGAGAUGAGCUCGCCAUCAAGUACGGUGCCAUUAGUGAGAGGCUGGAGCAGGCGCUGCGAUUUGAAACGGGAAACGGGGACCACGAUUCAUCGGAGUCCCGCAGCCUGGCACAACAGAAUGUGGAUUUGCGCAGGCGGCUGGACGAGGAGCAAGCGGCCUACAAGCGCAAACUCACCGCCUACCAGGAGGGCCAGCAGAGGCAGGCGCAGCUUGUGCAGAAGUUGCAGGCCAAGGUACUUCAGUACAAAAAGAAGUGUGGGGAUCUAGAGCAGAUGCUGCAGGAGAGGUCAUCUGAGUUGGAGCAGCACAGGCUAAGUGGUAACAGUGAAACAUCAAACAGUCGCCAUGAAGAUGAACCCAGCAGCAACCUAGAGGAUGCUUUAAUCCGGCUGGAGGAGGAACAACAAAGGAGCAGCAGCUUGUCUGCAGUCAAUGCCAUGCUGAGGGAGCAGUUGGAGCAGGCUGGUCUGGCCAAUGAGGCGCUCAGCCAGGACAUACGCAGGCUCACUGCUGAUUGGACGAAAGCCCGAGAGGAACUGGAGCAAAAGGAGUCUGACUGGAGAAGAGAGGAAGAGUCUUUCCACAGUUAUUUUAGCAGUGAGCACAGUCGUCUGCUGACGCUGUGGCGGCAAGUCGUCGGCUUCCGUCGGCACAUCUGUGAACUGAAGACUGCCACUGAAAGGGACCUGUCAGACAUGCGUAAUGAGCUGGCUCGGACGUCCCACUCUGCACAGGUGUCCUGCGCAGGUGUGUGUGCCACGCUGCAGAGCCGGGACGGAGAGACGGCUCUGGCCCUGGAGCGGGAGACAGCCCUGCGGCUUCAGCUGGAGCAGCAGCUGAGAGAAAGAGUGACGGAGAUGAUGAAUCUUCAGACCAGAACAGAUGCAGAGAGAAGUGAGCUCAAUGUCAGGUUGUCGGAGUCAGUGCGAGAGGGAGAGAGACUGAAGGGCCAAAUUGAGGAGAAAGACAGAGAUGUUGUUGUCUUGACGAGGAGGCUUGAGGAACGGAGCGAUAACAAUGAGACGGACAUGCAGAUGAUGAGAACACACACUGAGACACUGCUAGACACAUUACGGGACAUUGCCCAGACUGUCGUGUCAGAUGGAGAGUCAUCCUCAGAGGCGGACCAGGACAACUCUGCAGCUCCUCUGUUAGCCUUGAUCCGCGGCUGCUCUCCGCACCGCUCCCUGUCUCCUCGCAGAUCCUCCUCACCCACUCGCGUCUACUCCCUGGCUCCUCUCCCAGAGGCAGGCCUGUCUGCUCUGCGCUCUGCAGUGGCCAACAGGCAGCUCCAGCUGCAGGAUGUUCGAGGCCGUCUCUUCUCUGCCCAGUCAUCGCUACAGCAGGUGCGCAGGCAGCUUGCAGAGAGCGAGUCAGCCAAAAAAGAUGUAGAGCAGCGUAACCAAGCCCUGCAGGGAGAGCGGGAUGCUGCUCAGAGAGAGAGGGAGACCACCCAGAGAGAAAGAGACCGUCUGAAGCAGGAGAGAGACGCACUGGCCGGUGAGAAGGUGAGCUUGGAGAAGACAGCGCAGGCAGCACAGAGCAGUGCGCAGAUCCUGCAGAUGGACUGUGAGAGGCUGCAGCUGGCGGUGACCUCCGCACAGCGAGAACGAGAUCAUGAGAGAGAGGAGAAGGAGGCGUCCGUUCAGGAGAGAGACCGGGCCAAGGCAGAGACUCAGAGAGUUCAGAGGCAAUGGGAGCAGAGUGAGGGUCGAGCCUCAGUGCAGCGCGGGGAGUUAUCUGCAGUGAGGGAGACCCACCAGCAGGGGGAGGUUGAGAGGCAGCUGCUGGAGCGAGAAAAAGCCCAACUCUCUGAAUCGCUCGCUCGGGCCGAGAGCAGCAAUGCAGAACUCUCCCUGCUGGUUAAUAAGCUCCAGUCUGAGGAAGCGGCUCUCCGGGACUCUCUGGCCAAGAUGGGCAGCAUGAAUGAGGGUCUGGCCCAGGACAAAGCUGACCUGAACACCAUCAUCAUCCAGCUGGAGGAGGAGAAGGCCCUGCUGCAGGCUCAGAGGAGGGAGGCGGAGCAGGAGAAGCUGACCAUCAGGGAUGAGCUGGUCCGGCUGGAGCAGGACAGGCUGGAGCUCGACUCUGCCCGCAUCACGCUGCACCAGUCACUGCAGGACACCGAGCUGAGCCGGGUUGGGAUGGAGGCUGAGCUCCAGAGUCUCAGGUCUGAGAGACUUAAACUGCAGGAUAAAGUCACUCAGCUGUGCGGCGAGGUGAGCUCUCUGGGAUCAGAGUUAGGUCUUAUCAGAGGAGAAGGCCAGCGGCAGGAAGUGGCCUUGGAGGAGGCCGGUCGUGGUCGGGCAGAACUGGCCCGAGAGAGAGCAGCGCUGGUGGUGCAGCUGACUGCAUCUGAGAGGGAGAACUCCAUGCUGGCAGAGGAGCUGACUGCCUUCAGAUCGGAGCGGGAGUCCCUGGAGACGAGCCUGUUUGAGGUGCAGCAGCAGCUCGUGCAAAUGGAGUCUCGCAGAGAUCAGCUGGAAACAGAGAAUCAAAGUCUUCGAGUCCGCUGUGAGACUGCAACAGCCGAGCUGAGGCGUGUGCGCUCAGAUGGGGAGAAUGCACUGGCCCAGGCUGAGAGGAGCAGACAGGCUCUGACUCAGGAACUGAGCGCUGCACAGUUGGAAGCCCAGCAGGCCUUACGCAACGCCAUCUCUGAACAUCAGGAGGAGGUCGAGAGACUGGCCUCAGAAAAGGAAACCCUUCGCCACAGCCUGCUGAUGGAGCAGGAGGCAGCUCUGCGGAAGCUCAGACAGGAGGCCGAGGAUCAGGUCCUCAGAGCAGAGAGAGAGAAGGAGGACCUGAGGGAUGAAGUGAGGAGCCUUCAACAUGAUAGAGAUCAGUGUCUCCUGCAGGCUGAGACUGAGAAACAACAGGCCCUUUCCCUGAAGGAGGCAGAGAAGGCAGUGCUGUCUGACCGAGUGUCCACGCUGCAGGCCGACCUGUCGGCUACAGCGCUGGAGGCUGAGCGCAUGACCAGGGAGGCAGCUCAUUACAGAGAACAGGAGCAGACUAGAGUCGGGGCUCUGACCAACGAGCUGCAGGAGCUUUGUUCUCGGUUGGAGGAUGCGGCCUGUGCUCAUGACCGGGAACUGCAGAGUCUGCGGGAGACUUGCACCGACUUACAGUCACACGCUGAUGUUGCUCUCAAAGAGCUGGAGCAGUGCAGAACUUCUCUCUCAGCCAGCGAGGAGAGCCGAGACCAGCUGCGGCGCGACAUGCUGGACCUGGAGAGGCGUCUCAACCAAACCCAGGAGGCUGCUGAGGGCCACAGGAGAGAUGGCAUAGAGCUACACCGCACCCUCGGUGAUCUCACCAAGGAGAGGGACACUCUCAGCCAGUCAAACACCCAGCUAAGAGAAAGUCUCAGAAGUGCCGAAACAGAAAGAAUCAGUGUGAAGCGACAGUGUGAGGAGAAGGAGCAAAGACUUGCUGUGCUGGAAGAGAGUUUUUCAUCGGCCCAGAAGGAGGUGACUGAGCUGCGCAGCUGCCUGAGAGAGGUGGAAAGGUCACGACUUGAGGCGCGGCGAGAGCUCCAGGAGCUCCGCAGACAGGUGAAGGUUCUGGAUGGAGAGAAAGAGCAGAAAGGGAGGGAGGUGGCAGAAUUGCAGACUCGGCUGUCGCUGGAGGAGCAGAGGGAUGACGAGAGAGGGAAAGAAGUUUUCACUCUCAAACAGAAGUUAACCGAAGCCGAAACAGCGAGAAACUCCAUCAAGAAAGAGCUUUCCAUGAUUCAAAAGCGUCUGGUGGAGUCGGAGUCAGGUUGGCGCAGCUGUGAGCGAGAGCUGACUUCUCAGCUGCAGGAGGCGCGCGGCUGUGAGAAGAAGCUGCAGGACGAAGCCAAGAACCUGGCCCUACGCGCCCAGACGGCUCAGGACUCUGCCGCUCAGUCCAGCCUGCAGCUGAGCGAGGCCCAGGGCCGACUGGCUGCCACAGAGGCAGAACUGGCCCGGGCCGAGGCCGGGAGGAGGGACCUGGAGUUUCGUUUGGGCAGCCUCCAGUCGGCGCUUACGCGAACACUGGGCAUCGGGGCAGGAGGCCGGGGCAGGAGCCCGAGGGGAGGCUCGCCGGCUCCCAGCGGCUUCUCACGCCACCACAGCAUCUCCCCUCAACGCGCCUCGCUGUCACCUCCUAAGGAGUUCGGGGUCAAUACGCCUGACAAUACUUCAAUCUCAGGGCCCAUUUCUCCUGAGAGGGGGAACACACCUCUUCCUCUCCCCCUGCCAGAGCUUGACCCGGACACGCUGCGAAGUGGUCUGCGAGACUUCCUCCAAGAGCUCCGGGAUGCACAGAGAGAGCGGGAUGAUGCCCGAUGCCAGUUGGGGGCUCUCCAGCGGGAGCUAGAGGAGGUGACCGGGGAGAGAGACUCUGCUGAGAUCCGUCUGACUCAGCUACGAAACACCCUGCAGGAAUGCCAAGAAGGGAAACGUGGUGUGGAUGGGCGCCUGACUACCACUCAGACGCUGCUGCAGCAACAGGAGGAGGUGGUGAGGAGAGGAGAAAGGGAGAGAAGAGCUCUCAUUGACAAAGUGAAGGAUUUAGAGAGAGCGCUGCAAGCCUCGGAGACGGAAAAGAAACACACGCAGGAUCAGUUAAGUAAGCAGCGUGCAGCUGAAAUGCGUCUGGAGGCAGAGAGGAAGCGUCUGAGAGAAGCCCUGGAGGCUGCUGAGGCCCGGGCCACCAGGGUGGAGCUGGGGAGGCGCAGUCUGGAGGGGGAGCUGCAGAGACUCAAACUGAGCCUGGGAGACAGGGAGGCUGAGAGCCAGGCCUCCCAGGAGCGCCAUGACUCUCUUCUCAAACAGGUAGCAGAGGGCGAAACCCGUGUGGCUCUGCUGCAGAGAGAGGUGGAGAAGUUGAAGCAGGCUCUGCUCAAAGCACAGGAGGGAGAAUCCUUGCUCAAAGACAAGACCCAGUACCUCAACCAGAGCCUUCAGGAGGCUGCGGCGGCUCACAGUGCCACGCAGGGCCGCCUGGCCGCAAUACAGAAGACUCUGAGUGUAGCAGAACAGGACAAAAGACUUCUACAGGAACAAAUGGAUGAUGCCCGCUCAUCUGUGGCUGAGGCAAAGAGAAACAUGGCCACCCUCACUGAGCGUGUGCAGAGUCUGCAGAGGGAGCUGAACCAGAGCGAGCUGAGACGGGAGGAGCUGGACGUUGAGCUCACCAACACUCAAGAGGCUCUGCGCCAGCGUUCAGCCAGUCUUAUGGAAGCCCAGCGCAGCGCCCAGUCUGCGCAGACGGAGCGGGCAACUGUGGAGGAAAGACUGCGCGGGCUACAGAGAGCCGUUGCCAUGCUUGAGACCGAAAAGAAAGAUGCUGAGAGGCAGGCUGCCAGGCUGGAAAAAGACAAAAAUGCACUGAGAAAUACACUGGAUAAGGUUGAACGCCAGAAGCUGAAGACAGAAGAAGGCAGUAUGCGCCUCUCUGCAGAGAAAAGCCGCUUGGACCGCUCUCUAAACACUACUGAACAAGAGCUGCAGGAAGCCCAGCAACAGAUAAUUCUGCUGCAGACUCAGCUGUCUGAGAUGGAGCAGUCGCAGAGUGUGUGUGAGAGCUCGUUGAGGCAGCGUGACGAGGCCCAGCGUGAGGCGGACAGGCUGAGGACCAACUACAGGGAAGUCGAGCGCACCCUCGCUACCAGAGACAGAGCGCACCGCCACCGGGUCAAAGGCCUGGAGGAACAGGUGGCCACACUGAAGGAGCAGCUACAGCAGGAGAUGAAGCGACGGCAGCCCUCUCUUCCCUCCUCCCUGCUGUCUGGAGGGAACUAAGAGGCCACCGUCCACUUUUAACCAGAAGCACAAAUUCAAAAAGGGACCAGCAUAUCAACGUACCGACAGGAAUGUCUGAUAGCAAUAUGUAUCAUCUCAUGGAAACAUCAUAACCACCUGCAUUCAGAACUCUAGUGCUAAAUAUACAGUUUGUUUUAUCAAGUGAAAAGAAAUGAGUAUCGUUGAUGGUGCUUGACUGAUAGUUUUUACAGUGAAAUCUGCUUCACUGGACCUGCAGCAUCCAUAACCGUACAACAAGGCUGGGAAGUGGAACAGUGUAAUUUGCACCGCAGCAGGACUGUGCUGUAAAUGCCAGCAGUGUGCUGAUUACUGGCAACCGUCUAUUACUUGAUCCAUGCUCAACAUCUUCCCUAACUUCCUCCUCUUAUUCAAGAAGAAACUCAAAUCACCGCAGGACUCUCCUCCAGACAGAAUCUGGAUGUAGUGCAGGAAUGAAAAUCACAACUCUGCCAGUUUGCAGUUGGCCCCUGUCCCUCCGUAUUCAUAUUCACAGUUCAGGACACAAAGGGAAGGUCUUCACUACGCGCAAGUGCCAGGAAACAAACAAACUGACCAUAUGAAGGAGCUGCGCUGUAUUUUCCCCUAGAAACUGGCGUAGAUUUGGCUGGUUUUCUGGACAAUGUUAUAUCGAUGCUGUUGUAUAGAGCUCAAGAAGUCCAGUAUUAUUGUGUUUUGUAGUGUUAGGUGUACAUACUUUUUACUAAUGAACACUGGCAGACAGUGAUAUCGUCAAAGAUGAUAACAAUACCAUGACUUUAUCCGGAGAAAACACAUGGAUCUAAUAUGUCUGCAAGAGAAUAAACAAGCAGUGUACUCAA